AUGGCUUCUCCCAGGUUAGAAACCUACUGCUGCCCGAACCGGGAUGCAGCUACUCAGCUAGUGAUGAGCUUCCAGCCUGAAGUCUUCUGCGGAGUUUGCAUUGGCAGCGCCUCUGUCAGUCUGCUCCUGACCAUCCUGCAGCUCCUGCCGAAGAAGGGACAGAGCCUGCGGAAGAUGCCCAAAGCCUCCUCCUCUUCCACCAUCCUUCUCCUUAUCUCCAUUUGUGACAUCCUUGGUGGCUUAGGUAUGAUCUUCAGGUCAAGCGUGUGGCUAGGCUUCCCAGGCUUCAUAGCUAACAUUUCUGCGGUGAACGGGACCGACGUGUGGCCUUCUGCUUUCUGCGUGGGGAGCGCGAUGUGGAUCCAGCUAUUGUACAGCGCUGGCUUCUGGUGGUUGUUUUGCUACGCCGUUGAUUCUUACUUAGUUGUGAGAAGAUCAGCUGGACUGAGUACGAUUGUGCUGUACCACAUGAUGACGUGGGGCCUCGCGGUGAUGCUCUGCGUGGAGGGAAUUGCACUGCUUUACUACCCUUCUCUCUCCAGCUGUGAAAAUGGCUUGGAGCAUGCAGUCCCACAUUACAUCACAACCUAUGUCCCACUGCUGCUAGUGCUGGUGGUCAACCCAAUUCUGUUUAGGAGGACGGUAGCAGCAGUUGCCUCCUUACUGAAAGGGAGACAAGGGAUUUACACAGAGAAUGAAAGACGUCUGGGGACAGAGAUCCAGAUCCGCUUCUUCAAAAUUAUGCUGGUGUUCGUUAUUUGCUGGUCAUCCAAUAUCAUCAACGAGAGCCUUUUGUUCUACCUCGAAAUGCAGCCAGAUAUCAAUGACAUGCCCCUGAAAAACGUCAGAAGUGUUGCACUGAUCACGUGGAUUAUAAUGGGGGUUCUUAAUCCGAUGCAAGGCUUCCUCUUCACGUUGGCUUUCUAUGGCUGGACAGGAUGGAGAGUGGACCUGAAAUGGCGAAAAAGAGAAAUACCCUGGGAAUCAUUGUCCUCAUCAACUGUGGGUGAAAAUGCCUAUCCCUCACCCGUGAACUACCCAAGCAACACCCAUGAUUCAAAGAAGAUAUCGACAACUGACAGCCAGCAAACCGACGAGGCCAUAAGCAUGUUGUCUGAAGGUAACACAAGCGGUGAUGACAGAUUAACCAGGAGCUCUCCCAUCUACCAGGGCUGGUAG